CGUGCGAGGCGGGCAGAAGCUGAACAGCGCAGUCACGUGUCCGGUCGCCGCUAUCCGCAUGCCGUGACGUCACUUCCCGCCGCUGCCGCCGAGCUUCAUGGGAGUUGUAGUUCCUCCGGAAAUCCGGAGCGGGUGACAGGAAAGGAAGAGAAGGGAGAUACCGACAUGAUCCGCUUCAUCCUGAUCCAGAACCGUGCAGGGAAGACGCGCCUGGCGAAGUGGUACAUGCAGUUUGACGAUGAUGAGAAACAGAAGCUGAUUGAGGAGGUCCAUGCGGUGGUGACGGUCAGAGAUGCGAAGCACACCAACUUCGUGGAGUUCAGGAACUUUAAGAUCAUCUACCGGCGCUACGCGGGGCUGUACUUCUGCAUCUGUGUGGAUGUGACGGACAAUAACCUGGCGUAUCUGGAAGCCAUCCACAAUUUUGUAGAGGUGUUAAAUGAAUAUUUCCACAAUGUCUGUGAAUUAGAUCUGGUGUUUAACUUCUACAAGGUGUACACAGUGGUGGAUGAGAUGUUCCUGGCCGGAGAGAUUCGGGAAACCAGCCAAACUAAGGUUCUCAAACAGCUGCUGAUGCUCCAGUCCCUGGAGUGAGCCUGACCCCUGACCUCCCAAGUCACAUGACCACAUUCCAGCAGUAGCCUGGCAGGAGCAAUCCCCUCCCCCGCUCUGCGCCUCCCACCUCGUAUUGCUGAUCUCUCUUCCCUGUCUGGUUCCUGCCUCUCACCCGCUUCUCCUAUUUAUCAUAGUAGACUUCUUUUUUUUUUUUAACACUGUAAAUGUGAAACAAUAAAAUAUUCUGUGUAUGA